UAAGUAAGAUACAAGUUUAAUAUAAAUGUACUAUAUGUUAUUCCUGAAGCCACAAUUUCCUUCUUUCUCCAGUUAACAAAUAUAUUCAAAUCAUCCUUCAAGCUACAGUAUUAAUAUAUUUUAAAGGGCUGUAGUUACUGCCCUAUUUUACUGGUAUAAAAACACUCAUACAGUAGAAACAGCAGCAGGAGGUGUUCUGAUUUCUCUGCAGGACGGAGCUACACCUGCGUUUGACUCUCUUCUUUUGCGGUGCUGUUCUGCACGGCGCUCCACAGCGCCCUCUAGCGGUAUGGUGGUAUGAGAGAAAAGCAUACCGGUUCAAGUUCCCCCCGCGGUAUACUGAAUGAACCGGUAUACCGCCCAGCACUAGGUUAUUUAGGGCUAAUUUACAGAAGAUGCUCUGAUCUUUACUGAUGUUAAAAAGCACAGUUGUGGAAAAUAACUGACAUGGCACAUUCAGUUGGGACUAAAAUCACUGAGGAUGUAUGGAAAUAAUUACUGUACAUACUGUAUAUGUCUUUAGUCACACCAGUAAAAGUCCUUGGGCAGGCUCUGAAUUUUUUUGACGUAGCUGUGUAACAUGAUUCACAAGCAAGUUUCUCUACAUAAAAACCUCAGAGGCCAUAAAUGUAAAUGUGAAUCUGGAGUCUGUCAGAAAGAUCAGUUACUCUAAAUUUUGAGACGUUUUAUAGUCAGAAGAGUCACAUUGUGAGAUUUUAACCAAAAUUUAAAGCAUGUUACACAUUUUAUGCAGAUCAGUCGUCAACAAAAAGCACCAUAUUAAUUAACUGCCGAUGCUAACGGCUAACUGUUGAUGCUAUUGACUAAAUGAUGAUUUUCCUGAGCUGAAUGAAUUGCUGUUUUUUUUUUUUUUUAAAGAUGGAUGGCACUGUUAUGGUUAUAAGUCACUCAAGUUCUUAGGUAUUGAUCUCAGAACACCGGAAUGCAGCUAUUGGCUCAAUGCUAGCAAACAGCUGAACUCAGCAGUAAGCUUGAAAUGCAUUAGCCUAGGUGCUGACUGUUUUCUAAGAUGAGUUAAUUGCCUGUUUUUGAUAUCAGAUUGAUCUGACUAUGCUGGCUAGAUAUGGUAAGUUCUGUGUUUGAUAUGCUACAUGUAUGAUGUCUGUAUGAAAUCUCUGGUCGAUGAAGGUUAAAACACCACCACCAGGCUAGAGUGCAGGUUACUUUUUUUUAGACUGUCUUAUUCUGUGUGUUCCAUGUUUUAAUAUGAAUUCUGCUUGUAUUCCUCUGAUUCACAGGAAUCAUAGGGCCCUAGUUGAAGAACAGAAAGGCCAGUGUUGUACAACGGCAAAAUUAAAGUGGACUUAAUACAAGAAUUGUCUAAUUAACCUGAACAACGAAUCUUCAGUGUUGCAGAAGAAGGCAUGAAAUCACUUCAAAACAGACCCGCAGAGGCUGCUAAGGAUGUGACAGAGGAACCCUCGCCAGAUGAAGAGAAAAGAAGGAACUAUGGAGGGGUUUAUGUUGGACUCCCAGCAGAUCUGACCACAGUAGCAGCGAGUCAGUCCAAGUCCACAGAGAAAGACUAGUGUAUCUCAUAAUAGGAGCUGCGAGAAACCAUAACACAGUUGACCAUGUGAGUGAAGAAGCUUUUUAUGGACUAGCGGCUGGUCGAGAGUUUCCAUCCACUAACGCCAACGGUGAAAACGUGAAAAUUACCUGUUCAUGAUGUGCCUGUAUGGAGUGUAGACUCUACACACUCUACACGGACCUCUGAGAGCCAUGCUGACUCUCUGUGUAGAGUAGAGGACCAUCGCUGCUCUCUGAGCAGGCUUUCUACCAGGUUCAGAGAGGUUUCUAGGAAUGGAAACAGCAGCCCUAGAGGAGAACCUGGCAUUUAAAUGGCACCGGAGUCAACAAGGCAGGGUAUUCGUAGCUCAGGAAGCCUCCUGAACCUGGACCGCGAUGAAGGCCCGUCAACACGCAAACCAGCUCCCAGUUUCUGCAAUAAAAUGGACUAACCUGCAUCGUUAAUGUAGGACAAUAGCUCCAUAGCAAAGCCAUUUAAAGACACGUUUAGCUCAGAGAAUUGUAGCUGUAGGAUUUUUUAAAUAAUAGUCCAAUCACUGUAUGGAGUUCAGCAUAACCUGUCUAAUGACGUGAUCUUCAUCACCAUUCACGAUCAAAUACUACUAGCUGCCACAUCACCUCAUUAGUACAAAUUAGUUCUUUUGAAAUAGAAAAUGCUAUUUCUUAUAGGCCUACAUGUGUACUGUUUGUUGCUAUAUUUCUGCCAUUUCAAGAACAUGACUGGGGAUUGUAGGUUAAAAUGUGUCUGGUAUAGACUAUAUAUAAUGAAAAAAGAGAAAUUUGAAUAGUUCUAUGCCUCAGUUUGUCUCUUUAUGUAUAUAUUUUUACACAGAGAAAGCAAAGCAUUAGACAAGGAAGGGUGCAAAUUGUAUUAUCAUGUUUUUACAGCCUCAGGUAGAGUGGGAAAAUAAAGUGUGAAAAAACUGCAAUAAGUAUGUGCAAACUUCAAUAUCUUCUCCGAGCUUCACAGAGAAGACAAUUUAAACAUCUUAUGAG